AUGCUCCCUUUAGGGAGUAUGAAGGUUACAGCCGCAGGCAGUGCCGCCAUUGGUGCCGAGCUGUACGGCAAUCUCACCCUGGAUAGCACAGGCUGUGGCUUGGUUGAUGAUGACACCCUGGGCGCCGAUCUCACCGCCGAUCUCAGACAGGAGUUGGCCAGAGCUUUCAGGGUUUCCGUCAACAGCACGCUCAUCACAAGCUUUGGCUGUGUUGACUCGUCAAUCAUCGUGAACUACGUUGUCUGGAUUCCUGGCCAGGAUGACGCCUCAGAAGCUGCGGUCGAGGAUGCCGCCAUCACCGCCAACAGCCUCAACUCGCUUGUGGGCAGCGACUUCACGGCCAACUGGGGGGCCAUUCUCAUGUCAGACGUGACGUAUGUCGUCACUGCCGUAAAACAGAGUCAGCAGGGGCCGAAAGAGGAGCAGCUAUUACCAUCCGAGGAGUCAUCAUCCGGAUCUGCUGAUGAAGCAGGUUCAUCACCACUACCGGCGGCUGCAGUAGCAGACACCGCCAAUAGCACAACGCUAAUAACAGCCACCGCAGCGGGUGGCGGCCGCAAGUCUAACAGUAGUCCCAACAUAGCAGUAAUUACCUGGGCAACAGCCGCUGCAGGGGUCGCUGUGCUGGUUGCAGUGGUCGCCAUUGUCAGCUUGCGCCUGAUGGCUAAGGCCAGGUGCAGGAGGCGGACUGUGCCCAUUACCGGCCUUCUGCCACCACCUGCCGGCUCCCGCCGCAUCUAUGCGUGGGCAUAG